GCUCCGCCGCCGGCGCCGCCCGCCUCUCCCGGCCUGCGCCAGCCACCCUGCCACCCGGAUUUUUCAAACUUCUAAGUACUCCACGGUUGUCUCCAUAUUGGAAGCUGUUCAAGCAAGUGGAAACUGUCCUAAAGAAUUUCUGGAUGUGAAGAGGACUUUUGCAUGAUGGGAGCUCUAUUUGCACGAUGGGGGUUCCAGUAUAGAAAAAAAGAACAACUAGAGGAAGUUUUCUGGCUGUGCUGGUCUCUAAUGAUGAGUUAUGCAUCUGGAUUUAAAGCAUAUCUCUGAGCUUCUUAAUUCUUCAUUAAAGAGAUGUGUUCUAUAUUCAUGGGGUGCUUUAACACUUUAAGACGAAUGUUUCAUCAGAAGCACUAAUGGAUGUUGGCAUGCCUUGGAUAAGGUGGUGACCACUGGAUGUCAUUUGUUUCUGUUCACUGCAGAGAGCCAAAAUUGACUCCAUUUGGAGUUGAGAGAAAAAGCAGUACAGACCUAUCAAGAUGACUGAUCCUAUGAUGGAUUUUUUUGAUGAUGCCAAUCUUUUUAGUGAGACCUUAGAAGGUUUGUCAGAUGAUGCCUUUGUUCAACCUGGACCUGUUUCACUUGUUGAUGAAUUGAAUUUGGGUGCAGAGUUUGAACCUUUGCACAUAGACUCAUUGAACCAUGUGCAAGAUGCUCAAAAUCAAAAGAUGAGUGAGUUUGAUCAGCUGAAUCAGUAUGAUUCACUGAAACUUCACUCAGUAGAUCAGUCUUUUAAUAGCUCAGCUGACAACGUCUUAUCACCACACUCUCAAUUCAGUUGUUCACCAGUUCAUCCGCAAAACCAGUCUAAUGGGAUGUUUCCAGAUGUGGCUGAUGGUAGUCCUAUGUGGGGUCAUCAAACUGCCACAACUGUUUCGAAUCAAAAUGGGUCCCCCUUUCACCAAGGACAUUCUCAGUCUAUGCAGCAAAACAAAAGCUUUGUAGCACACCAUGACUUUGCCUUAUUUCAGGCUAACGAACCGCAGCAUCAGUGUGCCUCGCUACGGUCGCAACAAAGCAGAAACAACACGGGGCAAGAUGCUCUGAGUCAGCCAAAAGACUUCAUGGAAGUUAACGUAUCUACUUCUCUCAGAGUCAGUGUUAACCACCCACCUCCAGUUUCUAAUCCAUCAGCUUCACAGCAGCCUCUGUCUGUUCAACAGUUUUCUCAAACUGCAAGUGCUUCAAUACAUUUUUGUGGGAAUCAGGAAGGAAAUUUUGAUGGACAGUCCCCAACUAUUACUCCAUGUUCUGUCAAUAAUAGCCAACAAUUUUCAUCUCCAUAUUCUUACUCUAAUAACCGCAUUUCUCCUACCAGCCUUCUUCAGUCUACAACAGCUCUUUCUACUAACCAGCAGACGCACUCUAUCUCCGACUUCACUGGAAGCGAUGCCUUUACAUCUCAAACAGGGACCAAGCAAGAAACAACUGAGCACAUGUUGAAUCCUAGUACACCUUUGAAUUCAAAUAGUUUUCAAAUGUUGCAUUCUGCGCAUCCUCAGGGCAACUUUAGUAGUUCAAAACUCUCUCCUGUGAAUAUUAAUUUUCCAGCUUCUACUGGUUCUGCUUCUCAGAUAAGCCAUUUCGCUGACCCUAUUGAAAGCAACGGUUUCACGUCUUUAGAUGAGAAUUUACUUCAUCAAGUCGAGACUCAUAAUGAACCAUUUACAGGGCUUGACCCGGAUGACCUCCUUCAGGAAGACCUUCUGCCACAGUUCGAUGAUUCUGCAUUUGUUCAGGAUAGCACAAGCCAUGUUCUAGAGCAUGACCUAGAACAUCAUAUAACCCCACAGCAAGUGACACAGUCAUCUGAUCUUGUUCGGGCACAGUCUCAAAGUCAGAUCCAUCCUUGGCAUUCUUCAGUUUCUAAUCAGCAUCUGCAAGACAGAAGUCGUGUAACCUUACAAGGACAGCCUCCUUCCUCCAAGAAGGCUGAUGGUUCGGGAUCAUAUACUAAGUUGCAGAAUACCCAGGUGAGGGCAAUGUCUGAAAAGAAGCAGAAGAAAAAAGCGGACUCAGAAAGUAAACAAGAGAAGGCAAAUCGCAUAAUAUCUGAAGCAAUUGCAAAAGCAAAAGAGAGAGGAGAGAGAAACAUUCCACGUGUAAUGAGUCCUGAAAACUUCCCCAGUGUGUCAGCUGAAGGAAAAGAGGAAAAGAAGGGUAGAAAAGUUAAAUCCAAACCAAAGGACAAGGAGAGCAAAAAACCGAAAACUGGUUCCUCGUCCAAAAUUAAAGAGAAAACAAAAAUUGGAAAGCUCAUCAUCACACUGGGUAAGAAGCAGAAAAGAAAAAAUGAAUCUUCAGAUGAAUUGUCUGAUGCUAAGCAGACUCCGCAGCGGCCAUUGAAAGAUGAAGACUCACAGAAGAGAAGAUCAAAUCGUCAAGUUAAAAGGAAAAAAUAUGCUGAAGAAGGAGAAGGAAAACAAUCAGAAGAAGAAGCUAAAGUUUCUGUGAAAAUCAAAAAGAAUUCUGCCCCUUUACCUGCUGAACAGCCUUUACAGUUAUUUGUGGAAAAUCCAAGUGAAGAAGAUGCAGCGAUUGUAGAUAAAAUCUUAUCCUCCAGGGUAAUAAAGAAAGAAAUAUCUGCUGGGAUGACAGUAGAAACAGAAGAGUUUUUUGUCAAGUACAAGAACUACUCUUAUCUCCACUGUGAGUGGGCCACAGAACAACAGCUUUUAAAGGAUAAAAGAAUCCAGCAGAAAAUAAAACGAUUCAAACUAAGGCAAGCACAAAGAGCUCACUUUUUUGCAGAUAUGGAAGAAGAACCUUUUAAUCCUGACUAUGUUGAAGUAGACCGGGUAUUAGAAGUAUCUCUUUGUGAAGAUAAAGACACUGGUGAGCCUGUUAUUUACUAUUUAGUAAAAUGGUGUUCCUUGCCAUAUGAAGACAGUACGUGGGAGCUGAAAGAAGAUGUAGAUCAAGCAAAAAUAGAAGAAUUUGAACAAUUGCAAGCUUCCAGGCCUGACUCAAGGAGAUUGGACCGACCACCUCCAAACUCCUGGAAGAAGAUAGAACAGUCCAGGGAAUAUAAAAACGGCAAUCAGCUCAGGGAAUAUCAACUGGAAGGACUUAACUGGCUCCUAUUCAACUGGUACAAUAGGCGAAAUUGCAUUUUAGCAGAUGAAAUGGGUCUUGGCAAAACCAUUCAGUCAAUUACUUUCCUCUAUGAAAUCCUCCUGGCUGGUAUAAGAGGGCCUUUUCUGAUCAUAGCUCCGCUUUCCACUAUAACAAACUGGGAAAGAGAAUUUCGCACGUGGACUGACCUUAAUGUUGUAGUGUAUCAUGGAAGUAUGAUCAGCAGACAGAUGAUUCAGCAGUAUGAAAUGUACUUCAGGGACUCCCAGGGGCGUAUUGUUCGAGGUACCUACAGAUUCCAAGCCAUUAUCACAACUUUUGAAAUGAUUCUUGGUGGGUGUCCAGAGUUAAAUGCAAUUGAAUGGCGGUGUGUUAUUAUUGAUGAAGCUCACAGACUGAAGAACAAAAAUUGCAAACUCUUGGAAGGACUAAAAUUAAUGAACCUUGAGCAUAAAGUGCUGUUAACAGGUACCCCACUGCAGAACACAGUAGAAGAAUUAUUUAGCCUCCUUCAUUUUCUUGAACCAUUGCGUUUUCCUGCUGAAUCUACAUUUAUGCAAGAAUUCGGAGACCUUAAAACAGAGGAACAGGUUCAGAAACUACAAGCUAUCCUGAAACCCAUGAUGCUCAGACGGUUAAAGGAAGAUGUAGAGAAGAAGCUGGCUCCUAAGGAGGAAACUAUAAUUGAAGUGGAACUAACUAAUAUUCAGAAGAAAUACUAUCGAGCAAUUUUGGAGAAAAAUUUUGCUUUCUUAUCCAAAGGAGCAGGGCAAGCAAAUGUACCCAAUCUGGUUAACACUAUGAUGGAACUCAGAAAGUGUUGUAAUCACCCUUAUCUCAUCAAAGGUGCUGAAGAGAAAAUUCUUGGAGAGUUUAAAGAAACAUAUAGCCCAAGUGCUCCUGACUUCCAUCUGCAAGCAAUGAUCCAGUCUGCUGGUAAAUUGGUUCUUAUUGAUAAACUUCUUCCAAAAAUGAAAGCAGGAGGCCACAAGGUCCUUAUCUUCUCUCAAAUGGUGCGCUGCCUUGAUAUUUUGGAGGAUUACCUUAUACAUAAAAGAUACUUAUAUGAACGAAUUGAUGGGCGAGUACGAGGGAAUCUCAGACAAGCUGCAAUUGACCGGUUCAGCAAACCAGAUUCCGAUCGCUUUGUCUUCCUCCUGUGCACCAGAGCUGGUGGUUUGGGCAUUAAUUUGACUGCAGCAGAUACAUGUAUAAUUUUUGAUUCUGACUGGAAUCCUCAAAAUGAUCUGCAGGCUCAAGCCCGUUGUCACAGGAUUGGUCAGAACAAAGCAGUGAAGGUCUACAGACUGAUAACACGUAACUCCUAUGAAAGAGAGAUGUUUGACAGAGCAAGUCUGAAACUGGGACUGGAUAAGGCUGUCUUACAGAGUAUGAGUGGAAGAGAAAACAGUGUCGGUGGUAUCCAACAACUCUCCAAAAAAGAAAUAGAAGACUUGCUUCGAAGAGGUGCAUAUGGUGCCAUUAUGGAUGAAGAAGAUGAAGGCUCUAAAUUCUGUGAGGAGGACAUUGACCAAAUUUUGCAGCGUCGUACUAAAACUAUCACGAUUGAAUCAGAAGGAAGGGGCUCCACAUUUGCCAAGGCUAGUUUUGUUGCAUCUGGAAACAGGACUGAUAUUUCACUAGAUGAUCCCAACUUCUGGCAGAAAUGGGCCAAAAAAGCAGAAAUAGAUAUAGAUGCUAUCAGUGGUAGAAACAGCCUGGUUAUUGAUACCCCACGAAUUAGGAAACAAACACGGCCCUUUAGUGCUACAAAAGAUGAGCUGGCCGAGUUGUCUGAUGUGGAGAGCGAGGGUGAUGAUAAACCGAAACUCCGCAGGCCUUGUGACCGUUCCAAUGGAUACGGAAGAACAGAGUGCUUUCGGGUGGAAAAAAACUUGCUGGUCUAUGGGUGGGGUCGAUGGAGAGAAAUUUUGUCACAUGGUCGCUUCAAGAGACAGCUGAAUGAACAGGAUGUGGAGAUAAUUUGCCGAGCUCUAUUAGCCUAUUGUCUUGUUCACUACAGAGGGGAUGAGAAAAUAAAAAGUUUUAUAUGGGAUCUCAUUACCCCAACAGAGGAUGGGCAAACACGAGAGUUACAAAAUCAUCUUGGCUUAUCAGCCCCUGUGCCUAGAGGAAGAAAAGGAAAAAAAGUGAAGACCCAGGCUAGCACUUUUGAUAUACACAAAGCAGAAUGGCUUCGAAAAUACAAUCCAGAACAUCUGUUGCAAGAUGAAGGAUACAAAAAGCACAUAAAACAUCACUGCAACAAGGUCUUGCUUCGAGUAAGAAUGCUGUAUUACUUAAAACAAGAAGUCAUUGGUAAUGAAUUCCAAAAGGUGUUUGAUGGAAUUGAUGCCAGUGAAAUUGAUGUUUGGGUCCCUGAGCCAGAUCACUCUGAAGUUCCUGCUGAGUGGUGGGAUGCAGAUGCAGAUAAAUCCCUUCUAAUUGGAGUUUUUAAACACGGUUAUGAAAAAUACAACACGAUCAGAGCAGACCCAGCACUGUGCUUCUUGGAAAGGGUUGGCAAGCCAGAUGAAAAAGCCGUUGCUGCCGAACAGAGAGCAAAUGAUUAUAUUGAUGGGGAUGUAGAAGACCCAGAAUAUAAACCAGCACCAGCAAUGUUUAAAGAUGACAUAGAGGAUGAUGUUUCAUCCCCAGGUGAUCUAGUAAUAGCAGAUGGAGAUGGACAGAUGAUGGAAGGAGACAAAAUCUAUUGGCCCACUCAGUCUGCCUUAACAACACGUCUUCGCCGCCUAAUAACAGCUUAUCAACGAACAAGUAAAAAUAGGCAGGCCCAGCAGAUCCAGCCAGCAUUCCCAAUACAAACUAGUAUGAUGCAGCCUCCAUAUGAAGAAGCUGCUCUAAAUCCAAAGAUGGCUGCUAAGAUUGAAAGACAGCAAAGAUGGACAAGAAGAGAAGAAGCUGACUUUUACAGAGUUGUGUCCACAUUUGGAGUGGUGUUUGAUCCUGAGCGGGGACGAUUUGAUUGGACCAAAUUUAGAGCAAUGGCUAGACUACAUAAGAAAACUGAUGAGAGCUUAGAGAAGUACUUGUAUGCAUUUAUGUCAAUGUGCCGGAGAGUCUGUCGUCUCCCCUCAAAAGAAGAACUCGUAGACCCAAACAUUUUUAUCCAACCCAUUACAGAGGAGCGCGCGUCUCGGACUUUGUAUCGCAUUGAACUCCUAAGGAAAGUGCGAGAACAGGCUCUUAGACACCCACAGUUGUUCGAACGACUAAAACUAUGCCAGCCAAACCCAGACUUACCUGUCUGGUGGGAGUGUGGGACUCAUGACAGGGAUUUACUUAUUGGAGCUGCUAAGCAUGGAGUUAGCAGGACAGAUUACCAUAUUCUUCGUGAUCCUGAACUCUCAUUUAUGUGCCAGAGGAACUAUAAUCAAAAUAAGGUGGCACUCUCAAGGACUUCUACUCCACUCUUGCAUCAGUACCAGAUGGCGUUAUCUGGUUCUCCUCUUACACCUCAGUCAAGAUUGUCAGAUGCUAAAGUGAAUGCUUUUGAGGACACAAAAGCUAAAAAUGAAAAUCUGAAAGAGGACCCUCAGUCUUCUGAAGAAGAAUCUAUGUCUGUAGAGGAGACACAGACGAUAAUGAAAUCUGAACCGUUGAGUCCAAAAAAUGGCACACCAAUACAAAAUACAGACCACAAACCUAGCGUGAAGACUGAAACAGACAGGCGCAUGGUGGCAGCAAGGACAGAGCCUCUAACUCCAAACCCAGCUUCCAAAAAACAGAGAGUCAGCAAAAGGGGAUCUGACUCUAGCUCUGACUCAGACUCUGACUCAGAUAGAUCAUCCUGUUCUUCCAGGUCAUCUUCUUCAUCCUCUUCGUCUUCCUCAUCUUGUUCACACUCUAGAUCAGGCUCUAGCUCUUCAUCAUCUUCAUCUUGUUCUUCAGCAUCUUCAUCCUCAUCCUCAUCAUCGUCGUCAUCAUCAUCAUCGUCUGAAGAGAGUGAUAGUGAUGAAGAGGAGGCACAAAAACGUGCAGAAGGAACCCCGCAUAUAAAAGCAUAUGAUGAAGAGAGCGUAGCCUCUCUGAGCACAACACAAGAUGAGACGCAAGACAGUUUCCAGAUGAACAAUGGGACACCAAAUUCCAGUUAUCUCCUACAAGGUGGAUACAUGUUGGCUGCAUCCUACUGGCCAAAGGAUCGAGUUAUGAUUAAUCGGCUUGACAGUAUUUGUCAAACAGUGUUGAAAGGUAAAUGGCCUUCAGCAAGAAGGAGCUAUGACAGCAAUACGGUGGCAUCUUUCUACACAACCAAACUUCUGGAUAGCCCAGGUGCAGCUGCAGAUUACAGUGAGCCCAGCGCACCAACACCCCCUCUCGCAGGUGUUAAAGAAGAAUAUGAUCAAUCACCACAGAUGUCAAAGGUGAAGAAGCAUGUACGAGAAAAGGAGUUUACAGUGAAAAUCAAUGACGAAGGUGGUUUGAAAUUGACUUUUCAGAAGCAGGGACUGUCUCAGAAAAGGCCAUUUGAAAGCGAGGAAGGUGCAUUGGGACAGCAGCAAUACCUGGCUCGGCUACGUGAACUCCAGAAUGCUUCAGAAACCAGCCUUGUCAACUUCCCAAAAUCACUUCCCAAAUCAGGUACUUCCAGUCACUUAACAGCCAGUGCCAAUGGAGUCAUAGUUGACAGUCAGCCUGUAAUCAAAAAGAGAAGAGGAAGAAGGAAGAAUGUGGAGGGAGUUGAUGUCCUCUUUAUAAAUAGAAAUAAACAGCCUAAUCAUGUUAAUCCAGGUAUUAACUCCUGUCAAGUUGCUGCAGGAAUAAACCCAGCACUCACUUACACGCAGUCCCAAGGCAUGCUUGAUGCAGAGAGUCCAGUUCCUGUUAUUAACCUAAAAGAUGGAACAAGGCUUGCAGGUGAUGAUGCCCCCAAAAGAAAAGAUUUAGAAAGGUGGCUUAAAGAACAUCCUGGAUAUGUUGAAGAUUCAGGAGCUUGUAUUCCUAGGAUGCAGCUGCACGAUGGGAGGCCCAAACAAAAAAGACACCGUUGUCGAAACCCUAACAAACUGGACAUUAAUAGUUUGACUGGUGAAGAACGUGUUCAGCUCAUAAAUAGAAGAAACGCAAGAAAGGUGGGAGGUGCAUUUGCUCCCCCUCUGAAGGAUUUGUGCAGGUUCUUGAAAGAAAAUCCAGAGUAUGGAGUGGCUCCUGAAUGGGGAGAAGUUGUAAAACAGUCUGGAUUUCUUCCAGAAGGUAUGUUUGACCGUAUUCUCACUGGACCUGUUGUGCGGGAAGAAGUAAGCCGGAGAGGAAGGCGCCCCAAAAGUGAGAUUGCUAAGGCAACAGCAGCUGCAGCAGCUGCCACCGCUGCAAGCGUAUCAGUUAACCCUCUGCUGGCGAACGGAUUGCUUCCAGGAGUGGAUCUGCCUAGUCUUCAGGCCUUACAACAAAACCUGCAAAACCUGCAGUCGCUGCAAGUAACAGCAGGAUUAAUGGGAAUGCCGGCUGGUUUAACUACUGGAGGAGAAGCUAAGAACAUGGCUGCCAUGUUCCCCAUGCUGCUGUCAGGGAUGGCUGGAUUACCAAACUUGCUGGGCAUGGGAGGACUUCUAACAAAGUCUACAGAAUCUGUUUCAGAGGAAAAAAAGGGAAGCGAUUCAAAGGAGGCAGAUACAAAGAAAGAAAGGACAGAAGACCAAAAUACAGAUACUGGUGGUGAAAACUCUGUUUCAAGUUCUCCUUCAACAUCCUCUGCUGCUGCAGCUGCCAAUCCUCUCUCUCUUAACCCGUUACUUCUGUCCAACAUACUUUACCCAGGGAUGCUUCUCACUCCAGGCCUUAAUCUUCAUAUCCCAGCUUUGUCUCAGUCUAAUAUUUUUGAUGUACAGAACAGUGAAAGCAAUGACACAGGCUCAGCCAAGCCCACAGAAGAAAAGGAGGAAAAUUCUAGGGUUGGAGAUCAGGAAGACAAAGGGGGAACAGAGCCAAGCUCUCACAAUGAAAACAGCACAGAUGAGGGUUCAGAGAAAGCAGAUGCUUCAUCUGGAUCUGAUAGUACAUCGUCUUCAUCUGAGGAUUCAGAUUCUAGUGAUGAAGACUGACCCCAGACUCUGCACUUAAAUUAUAAACUGAUUUUGAAUUUAUUCUUUAAUUAUUUCAUUGUAAAUAACCCAGUGUUGAGUGCAUCAAUGAUUUACUGACCGAACAUUUCAGUAUUUGUUUAGAAGUGCAAACUGCUUUCAGAGACGUUUUGCAUGUAAUAUUUCUUGAAGUUCAUAAGUUUCUGAACUUGUAUGUACUAUCAAAUACACAAUGGUGUAAAAUUACAACAAAAGGCAUUAUAAUUUUGUUGGGGGGUUAAUUUUAUGAAAAUAAUGCUCAAGUAAGAGCUGUAUAUUUAAUAUAUUUGCAGUGAACACAGAAUACUUUAUGCAUAUUAUUGAUUUAAUUUGAAUAUAGUUUUACAGCCUCCUUGACACUUAUAAUUUACAGAUCAAAACUCAGCAAUAAUUUGGGCAGCUAAUGAAUGUCAUGAAAGCUGUAGAAUCUACAUAACCAUCCAUUGCUUUAAUUACAUGAAAAUGCUCUAGUGUUGUGAUGCACUGCUGUUUCCAAUUCAGGUACAAGUGUGUUUAAAAGAAGAUAAAUUUUUCCCAAUCAGCCAAUUAAACUGGCUACCUGUUACCUCAGCUGAGUUAGUUUAGGAAGUUUACAUUGGUUUCUAUUACUUGUUUUCAGGUUUUGUUUUGUUUUCUAAAGACAUCCUGUAUAUCAUGUUAAAAUCUGAGUUAUUUGAGAUAUGACUGUUGG